UCGGCCUCGGCUAACAACGCGAAACAGCCACGGCAAAAAAAGCAGCGCCAGUCACAAAUUACUUUUCCCCCUUUUGAAUUUUUUUGUUUGGUCGUUUUUUUUUUCGCAAAUUGUUUACGGAUUGUUAAUGUAUUGCGGCAAGGGCAUGGAGCUUGCGUCCGCUAGCUGCGCUGACUGCUGCAGCGACUGCGCCAGCGCAGCGCCCACUUGUUGCGCAGCUACCGGCUGUUGUGAUGCUGCUUGCUGCGACACCGAUUGCCAGCUGCUGCCACCAGAUCCUGUGAACUACGAAUACCAUGAGCCGGAAGAGAACUUUGUGUCCAUCGACGAUGCCAAGAUUAAGAGCCUGCUAUUUCAAAUCGGCCAGCAGCAACAAGAACUGCGACGCCAGCAGCUAGAGCAAAAGCAGCAGACGGAGCAACAGCCGCAGCCGAAGCCGAAGCCGCAGCCGCGGCCGCAGCAGCAGCAACAAAUUAUCGAGCUGCUAGACGAUGAUGAGGGGAGUGUGGGGCCGCCGCCGCUGAUGUUGAUUAGCACAGCCCGUAGCUUGAAACCUGAGAAACGCCCGAUGACGGAUAAGCAACGGCUGGCAAAGAAACUGAAGCAACGCCAUCAUCGCAUCGUGGCCAGGAUUGAGCUUAGCGACAGCGAAAGUGAAAAUGGAGAUGCGGAGCAGACGGCUAAGGAGACAAAUGCUGAAGAUUUGCCAGCCGCGAGUGUCACCUGUGAGCUGGAGGAGCCAGCAGUCCAGGUCAUUGAACUGCCUUCGGAUGACGAAGAGAAACAACCCAUGAAAUCAGCUAACCGCAAGCGCUCGCCGAGACCGUACAUAAAGCGACGCGGUCGACACUUCUACCAGUGCCAGGCGUGCGGCAAGAAGGUGCAGUCCAAUUAUAAUCUGCGCCGUCACAUGAUGAUACACACAGGUGAGCGACCCUUUCCGUGUGAUCUAUGCGAACGCCGCUUUCGGGAGUUUAGCGAUUUGAAGAAGCAUCGCCGACGACAUAUAAAUGAUCCGCGCUAUAUAUGCAUGAUCUGUCGCAUUCAUACGCCCAUGGAGCAGGACUCUACGCGCUGUGCGGAGUGCGAGGGCAAGAAUUUGUUGUUGGCUCCGCAGGACUGUGAUCCUCUGGAUGCUGAAAAGGAGCCAAUUGAUGAGACUGAACCAGCGUUGGAGGAACAAGACGAACAGGAGGAGCAGGAGGAGGAGCAGGACACGGAUCAAGAGUUCCUGCCGGAGGACAAUCAUGUCGAAAACGAAGUUGUGUCGUUGCCAAUGCCAACUCUGCCUCCGACAUUGCUUGUCACGCUGGUGCCCGCACCACCACCACUCACGCCAGCCCCACCUGCCCCGCCCGCAAUCACUGUCACUGCCCUAACGCGUCCGUCCCUGCCACGAAGCUGCAGCAGCGCCAACUCCUCAUCCUCGCUAAGCAACGAUGUGGCACCAAAGCGUCUGCCCAGAGUAACGCGCAAUCGUCGCACUUACCCCUGCCCACUGUGCCAGCGACCCUUUGGCACACGCCACAACCUGAAGCGCCACUACAUGAUCCACACCGGUGAGAAGCCGUUCAGCUGCAGCAAGUGCCGCAAGCCCUUCCGCGAGUGCUCCACACUCAAGAAGCAUAUGGUGACCCAUAUGCGCGAUCGCUGGUACAAGUGCCUGCGAUGCCCCGCCAAGUAUCAGGACUAUCUACACUACAUGGAGCACAAGGCAACGCACGGGCUGGACGCGCCAUCGGAGACGGGCGCACGUGGCCGUAGCGGACAGAGAUCACCGGAUAGCGGCGAUGGCGAUAGCUCUUUGGAUGAUUGGCUGGAGUGCUGCGAGUGUCAAGUGCGCUUCACCCAGUUGGAUGCCUAUACGGAGCAUAUGAAGCAACACGACCUGGAGCUGUAUGGCUUGAGUGUCGAUGAUCUGGAUGAAGAGGACCAGGAUGUCGAUGUGGCCUAAUAUAAAUCAAUGAUCUAUAUACAGAUAUACACAUUCCAUUUGUUAAACCUUUUGCAUUCCAACAAAUACUGCACUGAGAAGGCGAGGCAUCAGCCGCUGGAAUAACUCCUUCAAUAAUACUAUUUAUUAACUUCCUGAAUUUGUUAUAUUAGAUGUAAGAUUAUUCUAUUAAAUUAUAAUUUCCAUUACAAGA